AAUUAAAAAGAAAUAAAAGAUUUUUCGCGGGUGGUGAAAUAGUUAUUACAUCAUCAAGUACUUAAAAUAAUAUUUGAUAAUAUAACAGAGACCGAUUGAAUAUUGAAUCUACUCGAUUUCCUUAAAUAUGAUGCAAGAUGACGAAGGCUGCUUUCCAAACUUCGCAAAGGCUCAAGUGAAGCAGGCUUAUGGAAAAGCAAAAAUUAGUGCCGCUCCAGCUGAAAAGAAGCCAGAUAUCGGAAAGAGUUUCAGUUAUUUAAGACCCCCUAAAGUAUCCAGUGGCACCAAAGUUGAUUCGGCAUCACUCCUAAAGGCACCAUCCGCUAAAAAUGAUUCGCGCCCCACUCAUGCUAGUAAGGAUCCUACUAUUACUGCGGAAGACUCAGAGGAGGAACUAGAAACUGCACAAGAUGGACAUUCUUUGACAUACGCUGAGGUUUGCGCAAAACGUUUGAAAAAGAAGAAAAUCAUUCGUGACACUACUAAGGAACAACAACCAAUUCUAGCUGUUAAUCCCAAGAUGAGAUAUGAUUUAGUUAAAAAUUUUGUUUAUCUACGCAGACCACAAUCAGAGGUUACUUUUAAGCAACGUCCAAUUGGUAAAUUGUACUCUCUUCAGGCAAAAAACAUGCAACCCACGGUUAAGUCCAUACUCUCUGAGUUCUUAUAAGUAGGAUUACAUGCAACCAUUCAAUUUAUAUUAUUUUUGUAGAAAAUAAACCUUAAUGUUUACAAGGUAUAUGUUUAUACGUUUUACGUGGAUUCCUUUUAGGAAUAAAUUAAAAAUAUAACCCAGCGAAUGCUGAAAAUUCCAUUU